GAUUUUCUAACAUUUUCCAGGUCUUACGAUACAUGAUAUUGAUGUCACUAUUCUAUCUCUUUUCACUCCAGCAGAGUAAAGUCAAUAUCGUUGGAGAUUUUGACAUGCACAAAAGAAACUGUGGCUGUUCCACCUAUCGGAGCGUAGGUUGCAAGACUCCUAGAAUAACAAAAUUCCCUGCAAUAACAGCCUCCUUGAACUUCCGAAGGCACACUUAUUGUAUGCAGAGUAUCAAAGUCCGGAACCUCCCCAGAAUCAUGUUUCUCAGAUCCGGAAGGGCGAAGAGUGGUUCCUGGUUCCUGUCAGCCUCUUCAGCGAGGGAUCUUCGAGAGCUGACUGUCCAAAAAUAGCCCCUCUAGGAAGUAUAUAGAGUCUCCCAGUCGGCCGAUUUCCUCCAAGACAUCUUGCAUCCGCACUACAACUAUCACUGCUAUACCAUACCCAUAACGCACACAAUGACGGUAACUUCGAGCACCACGAAACGUACUGCUGCCGCGGUCACCUUCAGUGCUCAGCAAAGGAAGGAACGGGGGACGCCCCAAUCCAACCCAAGCUGUGCUGCCAGCACCACCUCGAAGGUACCUCGCAGCCAGAAGAAGACAGAGUCAGCUGUCAACUCCCUCUCCAAACUCACCUAUACCCCUCCCACACCCCCCGCCAAACGCAUUGGCUAUGUUUCCACUCGUAAGCCAAGUACACUCCGUCUUCAUGCCUCUCGCGGGACUGCAGCUCCGAGAGUGCUUAAAGUCAUGAAAAUGAAAAUGAAGGCGAGUGGAAAAGCUGAGAAGCCCCGCAUCCUACAUCUCGGCGACGGGCGACGGGUGGAGAUGAAUUGGCUUCCGUACUACUUGGAGGCUUUCGAUUAUACGCUCCUUUCGCUGGACGAAGCCCAGAGUCGGGACGAUAUCGUCCAUAGGGCGUUCCCUAAUCGGGAGUAGAAGUUGCGGGAUCAAAGUCGGGGGGAGAAAAUCAC